GGGUGCCAUUUGGCGCAGUUUUGAGCUUCAUCCGUUUAACAAAAGGGGCGUCCGGUUAUUUAUUUGUCGUCGUGUUUUUUGUGACUUUUAUUUAAAAUCUAUUUUGUCGUCAAAAAACAACACAUACACACAGUCACAAUGAGCUCAAUCAACGUGAAAAAACUGAAAGUGAACGAGCUGAAGGACGAGCUGAAGAAGCGCGAUCUGUCGGACAAGGGGCUCAAGGCCGAGCUGAUGGACCGCCUGCAGGCCGCGCUGGACGAAGAGGCCCUGGCCGGAGACUCCCCACUGGACCCGGAGGCGGCUGCUGCGGACGGAGCCGGCGAUCAAGAAGGCAUGGGCGAGGAGGAAGAAGGCGAGGGCCCUAUUGAAGAAAGCAUGGAGGCCAACAACGAUGAGGAAGAAGAGGAGGAGGAGGAGGAAGAAGAAGAGGAGCAGCCUGAGAAUGGGGGUGAUGGCGAGGGCGAUGUCGCUGCUGCUGCCGCUGCUACUGCUGCAGAAGACGAGGAGAUGGGUGAAGGGGAAGAAGAGGAAGAAGAGGAGGAGGACGACAUGGAUCCUAUGCUCAAGGGAGACGUGGAUGACAUGGAGAAGAUAGAUACGGAGGACGGUGAGCCCGGGGAGCCUGCUGCUGAGGGGGAUGCGGACAAAGACACGAAUGCUGAUCAGAAGAAUAAGAAGGGUGUUAAGAGACGCCGGGAGGAACAUGGAAGGGGCUACUUUGAAUUUAUUGAAGAGAACAAAUACAGCUGGGCCUCAUUUAAGUCUCCUGUGCCGCCCCUGGAGGAAGAGGAUGAGGAGUUUGACGACACAAAAGUCUGCCUGGAUACCUACAAUUGUGACCUGCACUUUAAGGUGUCGCGGGACCGUUACAGCGCCUCAUCUCUCACAAUGGAAAGUUUUGCUUAUCUCUGGUCCGGAGGCAAGGCUACCUAUGGAGUGAACAAAGGCAAAGCCUGCUUUGAGAUGAAGAUUACAGAGAAGAUCCCAGUGAAGCACAUUUCCAGUAAGAACAUGGACAUCCAUGACGUGCAGGUCGGCUGGUCCCUGGCUACCGGCACGCUGCUGCUCGGUGAGGAGGAGCAUUCUUACGCAUACUCUGGGAAGGGCAAGAAGACGACCAACUGUGUGACAGAGGACUUUGGAGAGACCUAUGAGGAGAAUGAUGUCGUCUGCUGCCUUAUUGACUUUGAGGGCGAUGAACUGGUGUUGUCCUUCUCCAAGAACGGAGGAGAGCCAGCUGUCGCAUUCCAGGUCAGCAAGGACAGCCUGAACGGCCAGGCUCUUUUCCCCCACGUCAUCUGCCACAACUGCGCCGUAGAGUUCAACUUUGGCCAGAUGGAGACUCCCUACUUCCCUCAGCCCCAGGGCUACACCUUCCUGCAGCAGAUUGCAGUGGACGACAGAGUCAGAGGGCUCAAGGGGCCACAGACCAAGGCGGACUGCGAGAUCAUCGUGAUGGUCGGCCUGCCAGGCUCAGGGAAGACUACAUGGGUGAAGAACCAUGUCCAGGAGAACCCCGGCAAAUACUACAUCUUGGGCAGUGACACCAUUGUGGACAAGAUGAUGAUCAACAGCCUGAAGCGUCAGUCAAAGGACAUCACAAAACUGACCGCCAUCUCCCAGCGAGCACCACUCUUCCUGGGCAAGUUCAUCGAGAUCGCCGCCCGCAAGAAGAGAAACUACAUCCUGGAUCAUACUAAUUUGUCUGCCCCAGGCCAGAAGAGGAAGAUGUGCUUGUUCGCAGGCUUCCAGCGUAAGGCUGUGGUGGUCCUGCCCUCUGACGACGACUUCAAGGAGAGAGUCCAGAAGAAGGUUGAGAGUGACGGCAAAGAAGUUCCCGAGCACGCUGUCCUCAAAAUGAAAGGUUUCUUCUCUCUGCCCGAGGAAGGAGAGAGUUUCAAUGAGGUCAUCUUUGCUGAGACUCAGAAGGAGGACGGUGCCAAGCUGCUGGAACAGUACAAAGAGGAAAGCAAGACGGCUCUGCCCGCCGAGAAGAAACCCAACCAGGGAAGCACAACGCCAAAGAGAGGUGGCGGCAUCCGCGGCGGCGGCCGGGGAGGCAAGAACCAGUUUGGCCGCGGCGGUGGACUUGGCCAGAGAGGUGGUGGCCGUGGAGGUUUCCAGAAUAGAGGCAACUUUAGAGGAGCCCCAGGCCCCCGCGGCGGCUUCAGUCGCCCCCCACGCGGCUUCCUGCCUCCACCAGCAUUCAGAGGAGGUUUCCCCAACCGCGGCAACUUCAACCGAGGUGGCGGUCCCAUUCCCAGCCUGGGUGGAUCCCCCAGAGGCGGACCAAUGAGGGGUAACAUGGGCCCCAGGGGAGGUCACAUGAACAGAGGUGGCCCAAUGAACAGGGGGGGGAACAUGAGCAGAGGAGGUGGAGGCAACAUGAACCGCGGCGGAAACAGGGGACAUCCCGGCCAGUUCCAGCAGAGGGGUGGCAACCGUGGCAACUUUGGCAACAAGAACGGCAACUUUGGUAACAACAGGAAUAGCGGCAACUUUGGCGGCAACAGGAACGGCAUGGACAAGGCUCAGGCCUUCAACCAGAGUUGGCAGCAAGGGUUUUGGAACCAGAAGCCGUGGAGCCAGCAGUAUCAGCCUGGAUAUUAUUAAGACACUUGUUCUAACGGACUGGUGGCCGACACUGAGACCCACCACUAGCCACGGAACAUCCCUCCACCCCGCUGUUUGAUUAUUAUUAUUUUUUUGUUCUUCUAGAGCCCACUUUUUAAAAAAAAAAAUACAGAAAAAGAAUUUAAAACCCACCAACUAAAACCAACAAAGACUUAAAGCGAUCUGGAGAAACAACAUUCCACAUCAGAGAGGAGACCAGGCUGUAUCCCGAGUGUAAUUGAUCUUUAUAUAUAUCUGUACACACAUGUACAACGUGGGUUGAGUGUCAUUCAAUCAUCUGUUUUUUUGGGUUUUUUUCUCUUUUGUUGUAUAUUAUCCUUUUUUCACCACUUUUAAAUGAUGUGCUUUUAAAAAAAAAAAAAAAUCUAAUGUUUGUAAUAUCAGGAACCAGAAACAUUUUUGCCAGUCUGGCUAAAUGUUCAGAUUUUUUUUUUUUUUCCUCCUUUUUUUCAGGGUUGUGCAUUUUAUCUGUGCUUUUUUUUUUUUUUUUUUUUUUAAUUACGAAUUGUAAAUAUUUGUGUUUGCGUAGUUUGUAUGAGAAGUUUAAAAACAGUAAUGAUUUUUUGAAAGGAGCCGUGUCUUCUUAGCGAGAAGCAGCACGGUUAGCUGGAUACUAUUGUUAGACUGUCAAUAGUCUCGACUGUCAAACAGUUGAAAUGAAACAAAUUAAUUACAGUUUAUUCUUUUUUUUUUUUUUUUUUUUUUUGUCUUCUGUUCCCAUCAUCAAACCUGUAACCUAAACUCCAUAGACCUACAAUAAACAACUCGUUGGCUUUUUUACAUCUCUUCCUGGCUUAUGACUUUUGAUUCAGUUCAAAGGUGUGUAAAAGACCUUUGAAUGGGCGAUGGCCUGGUUUGCUACUUCAAACAAUAAGGACAUCAGCCCCGCUACCGGCCCCAGUCGACACCUCAUUAGGAAAGUAUUCCUCCUAAGUCUUUGAUACGUCACUUCCACUCCUACAGCUAUUCUAAUGUACAUUGCUUUGGGAAAGUAUUUUGGCCAAGCCAUUUUAAGGAUAUAAGUAAGCCAUUUUUUUUUAGUAUUACUUUUUUUUUGUGGAAUUAAUUAAUUUAUAUUUCUUAAUUAGGGCACUGACUACGCUUGAUUUUCAGGAGGAAGUGUGGUUCUUAGAUUUGUCGUUUAUUGACGGUUCCUUUUUUUUUUUUUUCUUUUUAGUGCAGAAACUUCUGAAAACAGCAAGCACUGAUCAAUUAAAACUCAGAACCACACAUUUAUUUAAAAGUUUAUUCUUUUAUUUCAAAUUUAAAUUACCACUAUUUCAACAAAGUACAUUUCUGAUGCUAGUUGAGCACAAAAAGUGGUUGAAGACAGCCAGAGGUCGCUCAUUUGUUUCCACCAGCAAACCAAAAAAAAAGAAAAAGGGCUACACAGUGUCGCAACACACCUGCGAUCGACAACACCAAAUCUUUUUUCCAAGCUGAAGGAAAAGAAGCAGAGAUCAACUUUAUUUCUUUCUCCACACCUUUUUUCUUUUAAAAAGGUAUCGCUAAAUGAUUUCAAGGCAUUAAGAGUUAACAUGUUGGUAACUGUGUGGCCCAAGCAAUGAAUGGCAGCUCCUCAUUUAACAGCUUAUAUAAUGUGCCACACCACAUUAUCCUGGCAGAGGAAAACAGACCAUUUAUACAGAAUAUAUACACUGGUGUCUGUCCAUUUCAUUGUUUUAUUUUUUUUUCCGGUUCGUCUUUUUUUUAAAAAUUGAUUUCCUGCCCAUGCUGAUAUUUAAACAUGUAAAUACUUCACCACUAUUUCAAAAACCAUGCACGAAUGUACAUUAAUUGACUUCCAAGUAAUAACUGUGUUGUGAUGAAGAAAGUGUUAGUUUGCCCGAGUACUGCUGUGUGAUGAACUAUAUUUAAAUGUCUGGAGAGUUUCUGCCCUCUUUGUUUUUAAUUGUACUGGAUACAUUAUAAAAUCUAGCAGAAUGCGAGCUUUUGAGUUUACAGUCUAAUAUCUAUAAGAAGAAGAAGAAGAAGAAGGAAAAACAAAAAAAAACAACAGACACUAUAUUUUUUAAUCGCUUUAUGUUGCAGGUUGUAUAUCAGGUCUUUUAUUAUUAAACCAACAGUGCAAAAGCUUUGAGAUUUGUUGUCUUUUUCUAUCGGACAGUUUUUUGAUAUUUGUGUUUUUUCAAAAAUCUGGGAUUGUAUUUUUUUCUUUUUAAAUUUGUCUCAAUUCUAUUAAAGUUAAAGAAGCUGGUAUACAGUG